CUCUUCGCAUCACUAGAAUAAAGAUUUUUCAUGAAGGAAAUGCUGAAAAAAACAACAGCAGAAACUAAAUGAAAUUUAAUGAAUUGUUAUAUUGUCAGUACCGAAAUUAUAAUUCAUAAUAAAUAAUUACAAUAAUCUUACUAGUGUUGGUGUUAUAAUACAAAAUAUUGCCCUAAUUUUCAAUAUUUUAUCUACUUUCCUGAUAGACAGAUAUUAAAUUUGUUGAUUGAUUCAGCUGAUAGUGGUUAAUUUGUGUAAUUUUUACUUUAUGUAUUCAUCCUUAAAUAACAAUUAAAAUCAACUUUAUUCAAGGAAUUAUGAGUUCUACAAGAACAGGAAAGAUUAAUGAGGACAGCAAAAGCUCUAAUGUGUUUGUUAGGGAGCAGAGAAAGAUCAAGAAGCAGAUCCCCUCUACAGGACUCAAAGAAAGAUGAUGGCAGAGAGAGAAAUAUCGGAUUGGCACCAAAGAACCGACUGAAGAGUUUAAGUAUUCAGAUGAAAUUAAAUCCUAAUCAGAAGCCAACAUCGAACAAGCCCAAAAUGACUGUGGCAGCUGUAUUUAAUCAAGACAGUGAUGACGAACCUGAACAAAUGCCACCAGAGGCUAGAAUGAGAAUGAGAAAUAUUGGAAGAGAUACACCCACCUCUUCAGGACCUAAUUCCUUCGGUAAGACGAAGCAUGGAUUUUCAGACGCAAAGAAAAUAUUUGAAAAGAACCUUAAGGAGGCCAUGGAGGCGGCAAGAGCAGACGAUUAGAUGAAUUUUAAGAAGUUAUACAUGCAUGAGGCUGCCAAUAUUUUUUGGUUACAGACAUUAUUUAUUAAGGUACAAAUUAUCUUUUUAAACUGUAAUAAUCUACUUGUCACUCAAGAAAACCAAAUCGUCUUACUUAUAGAUGUUAUUAGGUUUAGAAGAGCUAUAAUUAUAGAUAAUAUUAACGCAAUAUUUGUGUAUAAUAAGAGCAAUUGACAUAUUAAGUUGUAGUAAUUUAUUAGAAAAUUUUAAAUUGUUGAAAUAGUUCUAUCCUCCCAAUAUUCUAGCACGAAUAAAAACUUUAAAAGAAAAA